CUUACCUCCAUAGUCCGCACCGCCAAAACUGCAAAGACCAUUUCCUCAAUUUCAGAGAAAACCCUAGAGUCCAUGUCCGAGAGAGCCAAGGGCAAGCGACCGCUCGUCGACGACGAAGACGGCGACUCUCACUCUGCGAUGGAGAAGAAGGUGAGGUUUCCAAAGGGGAAGAAGGCGAAGAGAGGAGAAGGCGAUGGCGUGGUCCACCGUCGAGAUGACGAGGACGAGGAUCUGGACGCAGUGGUGGACCCCAGGCUGGCGGCCAAAGAGCGCGCGAAGCGCCGGAGCCAGAUUAGGGAGGAGGAGCUUUUUAGGGAUCAGCAGGCUGAUGUAUCCGCUGCCGAAGUUUAUUACGAUGAAAAUACUAAAUUUGAGGAUGAUGGCAUUGAAAUAGAGCCAUUUAAUUUGAAACAAGAAAGAGAAGAAGGGUAUUUUGACGCAAGUGGAAAUUAUGUUGAAUAUGUUGGUCAAAAUCAGAUCAAGGAUGCCUGGCUCGACAACGUAGUUGUUGAUUCAACUUAUGCUGAGAAGAUUCCUAAGACGACUAUACAAAAUGAGGAAUAUCAAGAUCUUUCAUCAGAGGACAUAGGGAAGAUAAAGAGGAGCAUAGCUAAUGUACUUCAGCCAGGAGAAACGAUAAUACAAGCUUUGAAAAGGUUAAAAGGAACUUCCAGUGACAAGAGAGGAAAGAUGUCUGAAGGAACAAAGCUCAUGUUUGAUCAACUUACUGAGGAUGCCAUGAAACUCAUGGAGAAUGGCGAAUACAAUGUUUACCAUGAAGAAAGGGAGAUUUUUGAGCAGGAAGCAGAAGGAUAUGAACGUAUAGCUCGUGCAAGGAGAGGCAUAUUUUCCACUGCAGAAGAUGAUAGUAAGAAACAUGGGGAGGAUAUAUCGUCAAAUGCUACAGGUUAUGAAGCUGAUGGCUCAUCCUUGUUGGACAGGCCCCUUGGUACUUCAGAAGCCAACACAUCAUUGCAAGUGCCAUCUAGCAAAGAUGGUGAUCAAUUGGAUAUGUUUGGGGAUGAUGAGGAUAAUACUACUGUGAAUCUACAGUCAAAUGGGACUGGCUUGUCUUCUGGUUCUUCGCCCGAACAAUUUCCGCAACCAACAUUAGAAAGCUUGGACUAUUCUCAGAAUUUCUAUUCUGGGGAAACUGCUACAGGAGUGGAAUCGGAUUUCAUAUAUGAUCAGUCUUCAGGGUAUUACUAUAGCAGUGGCCUGGGUUAUUAUUAUGAUCCAACGUCAAAACUUUACUGCUGUGCCACUUCAGGAAAAUGGUACUCAUUCAACGAGCAAACUGGCGAAUAUGUUGAGUUUCAGAAUGCUGAUGCACCUUCUACAGAAUCCUGAAGGUGUCUGGGAACAUUUGAAGGCUGAAGGCAUUUUGGGACCGGGGAGUCAUGUGAGAGCGAGUUUGGUGAAAGUUACGUAGUAUGUAGAAAAUGAAUCGGGGGACUCAGUUUUAUCUGGAAAUGUUUGGCACGCACAUGCACAAGACUGAAGCUAAUUUGACUAGACAUCUGCUGGUUUGUAUGUGUAGAAUCAGUGAGUAGAAGAUCAUACUGUAUAGAGGAUACCAAGUAUCCUACUGAUACCAAGUCUUGGUGAAAAAAGAAAUUUGUUUGUGCUGUAUAAUGAUGUUUGUUAGCUCCUUCGGUUGCCUUUCUUUCUUUUUGUUUCUCCCCCUUAGGUAUUUCGCUUCUGAUUUCUGAUAGACUUUAUUUGCUUCUUGAUGAUGAGAGCAUUGCGAAUUGCAAACAAGUGUGAACUUUUUUGGUUUU